GGACUCGGCUUGUACUCUAGCGGCCGCCCUGCCCGCGCCCAGCGCUGAUCUGCCGGUCUCUCCGCGCCAGACCCAGCACCUCGGCUCUCCGGGGCCGGACCGAGGCCGCAAGUAGCACCGCGAGGUGUGGGGCGGACCCAGGAGAUGAAAUGACAACGUCUACCCUCCAGAAAGCCAUUGAUCUGGUGACGAAAGCGACAGAAGAGGAUAAAGCCAAGAACUAUGAGGAGGCCCUUCGGCUCUACCAGCAUGCUGUGGAGUACUUCCUACACGCCAUCAAGUAUGAGGCGCACAGCGACAAGGCCAAGGAGAGCAUUCGUGCCAAGUGCAUGCAGUACCUAGACCGGGCCGAGAAACUGAAGGAUUAUUUACGAAACAAAGAGAAGCAUGGCAAGAAGCCAGUGAAAGAGAACCAGACUGAGGGCAAAGGUAGCGAUAGUGACAGCGAAGGGGAUAAUCCAGAGAAAAAGAAACUGCAAGAGCAACUGAUGGGUGCUGUUGUCAUGGAGAAGCCCAACAUCCGGUGGAGUGAUGUGGCUGGGCUGGAGGGGGCCAAGGAGGCCCUGAAAGAAGCUGUCAUUUUGCCAAUUAAAUUCCCACACUUGUUCACAGGCAAACGUACCCCUUGGCGAGGGAUACUGCUCUUUGGACCCCCUGGCACAGGGAAAUCCUACCUGGCCAAAGCUGUGGCAACAGAGGCCAACAACUCCACCUUCUUCUCUGUGUCCUCCUCAGACUUGAUGUCUAAGUGGUUGGGAGAGAGUGAGAAGCUGGUGAAGAACCUGUUUGAACUGGCCAGGCAGCACAAGCCCUCCAUCAUCUUCAUCGAUGAGGUAGAUUCCCUCUGUGGAUCCCGAAACGAAAAUGAGAGUGAGGCUGCCCGAAGGAUCAAAACCGAGUUCUUGGUCCAGAUGCAGGGGGUGGGCAAUAACAACGAUGGGACUCUGGUUCUCGGUGCCACAAAUAUCCCAUGGGUAUUGGAUUCAGCGAUUAGAAGGAGGUUUGAGAAGAGGAUUUACAUCCCGCUGCCUGAGGAAGCUGCCCGGGCCCAGAUGUUCCGGUUGCAUUUGGGGAGCACUCCCCACAGCCUCACAGAUGCCAACAUCCAUGAGCUGGCCCGGAAGACAGAAGGCUACUCGGGCGCAGAUAUCAGCAUCAUUGUGCGGGAUUCCCUCAUGCAGCCCGUUAGGAAAGUACAGUCGGCAACACACUUCAAAAAGGUCUGCGGCCCUUCCCGCACCAACCCUAGCAUUAUGAUCGAUGACCUCCUGACCCCGUGCUCACCAGGGGACCCGGGGGCUAUGGAGAUGACUUGGAUGGAUGUCCCUAGUGACAAACUCUUAGAGCCUGUGGUUUGCAUGUCGGACAUGCUCCGGUCUUUGGCCACCACCCGGCCCACUGUGAAUGCAGAUGACCUUCUGAAAGUAAAGAAGUUCUCAGAGGACUUUGGACAAGAGAGUUAA